UCAUCUCAAUAAUCAAUAACUCCAAACACUUAUGAACUAGUCUUUAUUCCUUGCUAUUAUUUAAUUAUUACUCGAAUAUCAUGAACCUUGUUGAUGAGAAAAGAGGGACAUCUAUGGAGAAAAAUGAGAAAGAAAGUAUGGAAAACAAUGAACUUCCAAAUAUUAACUACAGAGGAUGGAAGGUCAUGCCCUUCAUCAUUGGAAAUGAAACAUUUGAGAAGCUAGGAGCCAUUGGAACCUUAGCAAACCUCUUAGUCUAUCUUACAACAGUAUUCAAUCUUAGCAGUAUUACAGCCACAAAUAUUGUGAAUAUCUUCAAUGGCAGUGCUAGUCUUGCUACUUUGCUAGGAGCUUUUCUUUGUGAUACUUAUUUUGGUCGCUACAAGACACUUGGUUUCUGCACAUUUGCUUCCUUUCUGGGGUUACUUGUUAUACAACUAACAGCAUGGAUUAAAAGCAUGCAUCCACCUGAGUGUGGAAAUGAGAAAAGCACAUGCAUAGAGCCAAGUACAGGACAAAUGUCAUUUCUACUGUUAGGAUUUGGAUUUCUAAUAGUAGGAGCUGCAGGGAUUAGACCUUGUAACUUAGCAUUUGGUGCUGAUCAGUUCAACCCCAACACUGAUUCAGGAAAAAAAGGAAUCAAUAGUUUCUUCAAUUGGUACUUUUUUACCUACACUUUUGCUCAGAUGGUUUCUCUGUCACUAAUUGUUUAUAUACAAUCAAAUGUGAGUUGGGCACUUGGUCUUGGUAUUCCUGCUGCUUUGAUGCUGUUUUCAUGUGUUGUUUAUUUCACGGGAAGUAAAUACUAUGUGAAAGUUAAAGCAAGUGGUAGUCCAGUGACAAAUAUUGUUCAGGUUUUAUAUGUGGCUAUAAAGAAAAGGAGACUCAAUCUAACAGAGGAUGAGUUUUUUAGCUAUAUAUCUUCUCACUCUAUCAACUCCAAGCUUCCUCGUACACUUCAGUUCAGGUUCCUUGACAAAGCUGCUAUUAUAACCCCACAAGACAACAUAAACCCUGAUGGGUCUGCAUCUGAUCCAUGGAGUCUUUGCAGUAUACAACAAGUAGAAGAAGUAAAAUGCUUAGUAAGAGUUUUACCAAUUUGGGUUUCAGGCAUACUCUACUAUGUUGCAUUAGUCCAACAAAGCACAAUGUUAGUCUUUCAAGCACUUCAAUCAGACAGAACAAUUUUCAACACCGAUUUCAAGAUUCCUGCAGCUUCAUACACAAUAUUCGCAAUGCUAAGCUUAACUAUAUUUUUACCAAUCUAUGACAGAAUUAUUGUUCCAACACUAAGAAGAUUCACUGGAAAAGAAGGUGGAAUCACAAUUCUACAAAGAAUUGGAAUUGGCAUGUUUGUUUCUAUACUAUGCAUGUUAGUAUCUGGUGUGGUGGAACAAAAAAGAAGAACUAUGGCUAUUAAUAAUCCUAUCGGAAUCGAACCGAGAAAAGGCGCUAUUUCAUCGAUGUCAGGUUUGUGGUUGGUUCCUCAGUUAACAUUAGCAGGACUAUCUGAUGGAUUUACUUUGGUGGGUCAAGUUGAAUUUUACUACAAACAGUUUCCUGAGAACAUGAGAAGUUUAGCAGGGUCACUUUUUUUCUGUGGAUUGGCACUGUCAAGUUAUUUUAGUAGUUUCUUGAUUUCGGUUAUUCAUCGGUUGAGUGAUGCAUCUGCAACAGGGAAUUGGUUGCCACAGGAUCUUAAUAAGGGGAGAUUGGAUUAUUUUUAUUACAUUAUAACUUUAUUAGAAGUUGUUAAUUUGGGUUACUUUGUAAUGUGUUCAAGGUGGUAUAGGUAUAAAGGGGAUGGGAGUGAUAGUAGUGAUGUUCAACUUGAUCAACUGUCUAAACAAUUUGAUAAGAAGAUUAAUGGUGUUUAGUCAUUAAGUUCAUUGUAUUAGAACUUUUAAAUAGAAUAAAUAAAUUGUAUAUGAAUUUUGCUCUUUUUACAAUUGUAUUUGAAGAUCAUUUUAGUAGAAA